CAACAGGCCCCUUGGCUAGACGUCCCUCGUCGCCCCCUUCCCCUGUCCUUUUUUGCCUCCCCCUCGACCGUUGCCAUGGCCUCAAUCUCCUCCUACCACCCGUCGCCGAUUGGCCAUGCCGGUCUGCAUAUGCGCCAGCCGUCCAUCCUCGGCUACAUGCGCCCCUACAAUGGGACCUUCCUGCACCCGCUGCCGAUUGUCCGGGACCCGGCCAACCAGAAGUACUACGAGUUCGAGCGCAGCCCGAUCUCCGUGCCGGCCAUGUUCUCCAAGAACAACCUCCUCUUUGCCCUGGUGAAGGCCCUCAUCCUGGAGGGCAGCACCCUUGGCGUGGAGGACCCGAAGAACCGGCGCAUCAUCCAGAAGAAGCGCCUCCUGCCCAGCGAGAGUGGCUCCCAGAUCCCGAAGGACCUGCAUGUGACGGUGAUCAUUGGCUCGCGGCUUGCCCUGCGUGUUCUGCGUGAUCUGUCCAUCCAGUUCACUCGCAUCACCCUGAUUUGGUGCCUGCGUGAGCAUCUCAUUUCGCCGCAGCUCGCUUCCAAGAUGACCAAGAAUAUCAAUGCCUCGGCCAUGCGCAAGUACGACCGCACCAUGAGCCGGGUGCAUGCGUCUCUGGACCUGCUGACCACGGCCCUGAUGUCCCUGCUGGUGCCGAUGACCUCCAUCAUGCUGGUGGACUCGGCCCUGUCCACUGGCGAGUACCUCCUGCGUGCCUUCCGCCGCAAGCGCAUUCUCGAUGCCAACCGCCGCGCCGACCCGAGCGCCUUCCCCAUGACCGAGGAGCAGGCCCAGGAGGAGAAGGCCAUCUCCCGGGACGACUUCAACACCCAGAUCAGCCGCCACAUCACCACCGCCUUCAAGGGCAUGCUUCUCGGGGCGGUUGGCUACGCCGUUGGCACUCUCAUCAAGCCUGGCGUGGGUACCCUCAUUGGCGGCUUCAUCGGCGAGACCAUGGCCGUCUUCUAAGGGGGGUCACCUUGCGCGCCCCUUCCCCCUGCGCGUGCACAUGUGUCCACCGGUGGGUAUUCCUGCAUCCGGACUGGCCCGGUCACUGCCUGCCGCCGCAUGCUGGCCUCGCUCGUCUGCCCCCCCCCCCC